AUGGGGCUAAUAUCUACACCGUUAUGCCCCUCGUGCCAAGGAUCCAUGACGCCUAGGAACGAGGAGCACCACAAUGGCUGGGUGUGUAACCGAAGAUCGUGCCGUACUGGACCGACGAACGAAACGAAGGUCUACGUUCCUGCUAGAAAAGGCUCAUUCUUCGACAAGUCCAACCUCGGCGAGUCGACUGUGUUUGCUCUAACCUACUUCUGGUUCCACGACAUAGGAAAUGUGAAGGACAAAGCAUACGAGCUUCACAUGAAUCCUCGUACCGUUGUUCAGUGGGAGAAAUGUUUCCGUGAAGUGUGCGCAGAACACUUUAGAAGGAACCCACCAAUCAUCGGAGGAUUCGGAUGUGAAGUGGAAAUCGGCGAAACCCUGGUUACUCGGCGCAAAUACAACCGAGGACGCUGGGUGCGUAGACACCAAUGGCUUUCUGGAGGCAACGAGAGGGGAAGGGUCGAGCUUUCCUAA